AAAUGAUUUCUCUAUGCCUCUUCGUCGUGUGGGAGGACUGUAAACCGUGAAGAGCGCGCCCCGAGUGCACAUUUGUGCUCUAAGUCUUUUCUGCCUCCAAUCGCCUACCGUAUGCCUCGUGGUACUCUCACGGACAAAAAUCUCUUGUGGGAACACAGAGAGGAUGAGAAAUGAAGAGACGGAGAAGAAUAGAAGGGCUCCCGUCGGGGCUCUCCUACUAAGACCCCAGUGAAGAGCCAGUUGAGCAAAAGAAGAGAAGAAACAGAAGAAAAAGUCAUUGAAAUCAGGAAGAAAGGGUUUUUCCUGUGCGUACCUCAUUUUGUGUGUGUAUGUGUGUGUUUUAAAUUUGCAAAAUCCAGGAAAAUAGUGUGGGAGGAGGAAGAAGUUCGAAGGAUGUGAAAUAUAUCCUAUUGAUCAUAAUUCUUCUAAAGAUUACUGUAGCAACCAUAUUUCCUCUUUUACAAUUAGUAUUUCCCCAUUUUUGACAUAUACCGUAUUUACCCAACUAAAGCUGAAGUACAGCCAGUUGUGAAAUGAUUGAAAACCAUUUCUUUUGUGCCAAAAUGAACAAAUACCAUAAUGAAACUUUUCAUAAAAUUUGGGGAAAAUGUCAAGUUUUCACUUAUUUUUUAGAAGUCGUCGAUCAAAAAAUAAAUUAUUUCAGUGUUAUGUAUUUUAAAAUAUCCGAAUCCGAACAUUGUGGGGGUUCGACAGUUCUUUAGAUUUCUAAAAAAAGUGGCACAAACUGAGUUUUAAUAAGAUUUCGACAUAAAACAUUUUCCAAAAUUGUUCGAAAAAUUCAAUUGUGAACAUGUGCAAAUUUCACAAUGAAAAGGCUUUAAUUUUUUUAAUUGAAUUAUUUAUUUAUAAAUAAAACAUGGCAAUUACAAUUGAAUCUUUUCCAGACUUUUUUCUUAAAUCUCUCUCUCGAAGUCACUUCCCAAAAUUUAUUGCAAUUUUUAUAGUCUCAAUUCAACAAUAUCUUUCAAAUCUAGAGGAAUACUACGUGACGAAAUUAAAACAGAACAGCAUGAAAAAAAAACGAUAAAAAAACGUCAGGCAAUCAUAAUAAUGAUUCAUUUCAAAUUUAUUGUUCAUUUAAACUUUUCGAAAGUGAAAAAACAAGCUUAUGAUGCCGGAUGAGAGUGACUCUGAAAAUUACGAUGAAACAUGUGAAGAAAGCCCGCCGGAAUGUGAAUCUAUCAUUUUUGAAGCUGGAUCUCCAAUUGACCGAUCCGAAUCGUUGGAUCAGUUGAAAGAGUCCUACGAAAGUUUGAUGAAAUCGGAAAAUGAAAAAAGAAAGAAAGAUGGAUGUUUUAUUGGAUUCUUGACAAAAGCUCUGGCUGAAGAGGAAACUACUGAACGUGGACAAUUUUUCACGUAUUACCUAAUUGAUGGGAUCUCUCUGAAGCCACCAAAAGAUUCAAACAUUUCAUUGGACCUUUACAUCUGUUAUUUGAAUAGCCGCCGUCAUCAUGAGCAUUAUCCAAUCAUUAAAACAAAAAGUGCAGUGUCGAAUCGAAUCUUCUACCAAGUUGGCACCUCUGAUCCUUCGAAGAAGUCCUCAUCUGAACCGAUUUUCUCAACAAUCAAAAGCCUUCUGAAAUAUUACACUGUCUUCGCGCACGUUCAUUCCAUCUCAAAAAGUGGAAAAGUCCGUAUCGAAAUCUUCGCUCCGAAUUGAACUUUUUUAUUAUCAUUCCAAUUGACGGAAAUAAACAUUUUUUGAGUCGAAAGAAA